GCUGUCAAAGUCUGGGGCUCCCAGAAGAACCCUCCAGUUCUCUGCCUGCAUGGCUGGCUGGACAAUGCCAACUCCUUUGACAGACUCAUUCCUCUUCUUCCACAAGAUUUUCAUUAUGUGGCCAUGGAUUUCGGGGGCCAUGGGCUCUCCUCCCAUUACAGCCCAGGUCUCCCGUAUUACCACCACAAUUUUGUGAGUGAGGUCCGAAGGGUGGCAGCAGCAUUUAAAUGGACUCGCUUCUCCCUCCUGGGCCACAGUUUUGGUGGCACUGUGGGUGGCAUGGUGAGUAGCUGGCUGUUCUGGGGUCACCUGGGACCUUUCUGGGGGUGUUGGUGGAGAGACCAGUGGGAGGUAGGAAAGGAAGAACCCUUUACACAGUGGAUGCAGUAGGUAGACAGUACCUCCUUAGCCAGAGGCAACUUCUCAUGUACACUGUG